GCUCUGGAAUCAGAGAACAUGAACGACAUAGCGCAACUCAGGACCUGCAUGGAGGAGCUGGAACAGAUGAUGGCGGAAGAGGACCAGGACAUGGGAUUUGCAGCGCAGGGGGUGCAGCGGGUCCUCUUUCAGCCGCCGUCCGAGGAGACCAGCACGCAGGCCCAGAUGCAGGAGCUCAGGGGCUUGCUCAUUGGCAUGGCCAGAGAUGCCUACCAGAUACCUGUCGAUGCCCCGUUGUCGCCGACGUUAGUUGCGGCCGCGCCAGUCCGCGGGACUGCUGUGAACACCGCAGAGGUAGACAUUUUCCCAGAUUCUAAAUCUGCCACCGAGCUUGUAACUGGCGAGGCGGCCAUUGCAGAGCAUGGUGCGUUGGCAAAGUUGGCGGCCAUCACCUUCAGUGGAUCGAUUGUUGUUGAUGUUCGCCCCCGGCUCGCGUCUAUCAGCGAUUGCCCCGCUGACUCUGUUGCGAAAAAAGUCGCGCGCGACGCCGGGCUCUGCGUUGCGCAGUUCAAUGCCAAGUCCGUGUAUGAUCGGCAGUCCAAGGGUUUCAGAGGCAAGCGCAGGCUCAUGAGGAUUCGAAUCCUGGGAGCUCAGUUUGAGAAGAUUGGGCUCCGCAUCGUCGGGUUUCAAGACAGUAGGAACCCCGAGGGCAUCAGGAUGUCGGGGCCUUUCCUCGCUGUCUCCUCUGGGGCUGCUAGCGGGGGUCUAGGAUGCGAGCUGUGGCUCGACAUGGAGGAGCCGCUUGCGACCCACAAGGAUAAGGAG